AAAUUUCACUUUUCUCCCACACACACAUUGCCAGUGCGCGCGCGCACACACACAUCUUCGGAGGAAGCGAAGCGCUGCUGUCACCAGACUGGGGCUGCUCUUUCGGGCAACAACGAAGCGCGAGACAACAACGGGUGUCACAUUCGCUCGCGGGGGCGUCGUCGUCAGUUCUAUUCUGUUCUGUUCUAUUCUGUUCUGUUCGGUAGCAGCGUCAGACGGAGAUACCGUAGUAUAGUCUGCAGCAUCCUCCGUGUCUCUCCCGCGAGCAGUUUGUAGCUAACGUCUCCGAGGUGCCGAGUUGAAAGGGCAGCAGCAGCGGCAGCAGCAGCAAGAUGUCUGGAUACCAGGGCAAGAAGAACAUCCCUCGCAUCACGAGUGAUCGUCUUCUGAUUAAGGGAGCUAAGAUUGUUAAUGAUGACCAGUCUUUCAUGGCUGACAUCUAUAUGGAAGACGGAGUUAUCAAGCAGAUAGGUGAGAACCUGAUCGUUCCGGGCGGUGUGAAGAUCAUCGAUGCGCAGGGUCGGAUGCUGAUUCCUGGCGGGAUCGACACACACACUCGCCUCCAGAUGCCCGACCGCGGCAUGACCUCCGCAGACGACUUCUACCAGGGCACACGCGCCGCGCUCGCCGGGGGCACCACCAUGAUCAUGGACCAUGUGCUGCCGGAGCCGGGUUCGAGCCUGGUGUGUGCGUAUCAGCAGUGGAGGGAGUGGGCGGAUUCUAAAGCCUGUUGUGACUACGCUCUGCAUGUGGACAUCACCCAGUGGCAUCACACACUGCAGGAGGAGAUGGAAACACUCGUUAAAGACCACGGUGUGAACUCCUUCCUCAUCUAUUUGGCCUACAAGGACAUCUUCCAGCUGUCUGACGCACAGAUGUACGAGGUGUUCAGUGUGAUUCGGGAUCUGGGUGCCAUCGCACAGGUGCACGCGGAGAACGGAGACAUCAUAGCAGAGGAGCAAAAGCGCAUUCUGGAGUUGGGCAUCACCGGCCCCGAAGGACACGUACUGAGCAGACCAGAGGAGGUGGAAGCAGAGGCUGUCAAUAGAGCCAUCACGGUGGCCAAUCAGACGAACUGUCCGCUCUACGUUACCAAGGUGAUGAGCAAGAGUGCCGCUGAUGUCAUCGCCCAGGCCAGGAAGAGAGGUGCGGUGGUGUAUGGUGAGCCCAUCUCUGCCAGUCUGGGUACGGACGGGACUCACUACUGGUCUAAGAACUGGGCGAAGGCCGCAGCCUACAUCACCUCCCCCCCCCUCAGCCCCGACCCCACCACACCCGACUACCUCAACUCACUACUCUCAUGUGGUGACCUCCACGUGACUGGCAGUGCCCACUGCACCUUCUCCACGUCUCAGCGUGCGGUGGGCAAAGACGACUUCAGCCUGAUCCCCGAGGGCACCAACGGGGCAGAGGAGCGCAUGGCACUCAUAUGGGACAAAUGUGUGGUGACAGGUAAGAUGGAUGAGAACCAGUUUGUUGCGGUGACGAGUACCAACGCGGCCAAGGUCUUCCAGCUGUACCCGCGUAAGGGACGCAUAGCCGUCGGCUCCGAUGCAGACAUGGUGCUCUGGGACCCGGACAUCACCAGGAUCAUAUCCGCCAAGAACCACCACUCAACAGUAGAGUAUAACAUCUUUGAGGGCGUGGAGGUGCGAGGGGGCCCCCUGGUGGUGAUUGCGCAGGGGAAGGUGGUUCUAGAAGACGGAACGCUGCACGCCAUCGAGGGUUCUGGGCGCUAUGUGAGCCGCAAACCCUUCCCCCACGCCGUCUACAAGAGGAUCAAGGCUCGCAGCAGGCUGGCUGAGCUGCGUGGUGUCCCUCGGGGCCUGUACGACGGCCCGGUGUGUGAGGUCACCGUGACCCCUGUGAAGGUCAUGACCCCUGUGACCUCCAAGAAGACGUCCCCUGUCAAGACGACUCCUCAACCCGUACGCAACCUCCACCAAUCAGGAUUCAGCCUCUCGGGUGCCCAGGUGGAUGACAACGUUCCGCGCCGCACCACCCAGCGCAUUGUGGCGCCACCUGGAGGCAGAGCCAACAUCACCAGCCUGGGCUGAACACACACAGUCUCAUACGUGCACACACACACA